UAAAUUUCCAUAGUCUCAAAUAGUAGCGCUUAUAGAUGUUUACCGGGACAAAGUGGAAAGUCUAAGAUGGAGUUUCUCCUUGGAUGUUUUACUCUCUUUGCUUCGUUAUUUUUGAUCGCAACUUUGAUCGUUUAUUCUCUUCUAGAAAAAAUACGAAAUAUCCACGGUGUGAUUGUUAUGUGUUUUUUGGCCUCCCUUACCGUCAUGAACAUCUCCUGCUCCAUUCGUCGCUUGUUCAUUGGAGUCCCGUCGACCGGUCUUUGCCUUACGAUUGCAAUUUUACAGCAUUUUUCUUUUAUCGCCACUUAUUCUUGGCUCAACGUCGUGUGCUUUGGAGUUUGGCGGAUGUUUCGUACCGUCUCACUGCCUACUCAUAAACCCAUCUGGGGCAAACAGUUUUUCUAUUCUUCCGUUUACGGAUGGGGUAUUCCGUUGGUCAUCGUGGUCGUCGGGCAAAUCGUCCAAAACUGUGAUGUGCCAGACUACAUCAUCAAACCAGGACUGGCUUCAAAAAUGUAUUGCUGGUUUGAUCGUGAGGAUAGAGAACCAAAAAAUGUGUAUUUGUACGGCCCUAUAGUUGCCAUGGUCGGAGCAAAUUAUAUCAUGAUUAUUUGGGCUGCGAUCAAAUUUUGCCAGAGAAGUGUCGAAUCGUCGCAAGUGACCAACGUUUCCCGUAAUAAACAAAGGUUUAAAGUGAUCCUGAGUCUCUUUUUGUUAAUGUGUAUGCCCUGGUCAGUAGGCGUAAUUGUUUGCGUGGCGGGUAACAAUAUCGACUACGAGAUUUUGAGAACAUUCAACAUACUGUGGCCAAUUUUCAUUUUCAUCAUCUUCGUUUGUAAGCCGAGCGUGUGGAAGAUGCUCAAAUUGAAAUUCCCGUGGAUUAGUCCCUUCCUCUCGACUUGUGAAAAAUUGGGGUCAAAGAUAAUCUGUAUGAAAAGCAAACAUCAACCACUCGUUACUGUUACAAGGAACGAAUUGAACUCGAUUAACAUGGCUGGCAUUAGUGGUAAGUUUACCCAAAUUGGCUAUCAACGCCAUACCGAAUCGACGGUCUGAAACAAACAUGCGUCUAACUACCUCCACCUGUGAUAUACACAAAAAAUUCCGUAAUAACGAUGAAUAUAUAAUACGAUUAUCUAUGAGAAUGCUGUUGUGAAAAGUGGAUAUUGAUUUGAAAACAACAAGUUUAAUGCAAUAACUAAUGGAAAAGUUUUAUCCUUAAUCAUUUUAUAAUGAGCAACACAUUUCGGCCCCCGGUUUAAAAGAACAAUUUUUUCCUCCAGCUAUUUCACAGCAUUUUGUUUAUAUCGCCACUCUUAUUCUUGGCUCAACGUCGUGUGAUGCGGAGUUUGGCGGAUGUUUAGGUAUAAAUCUUCCUGUACUACUUACCCGUACUAAUCAAAGGUUUAAAGUGAUCCUAGUUCUCUUUGUGUUGAUGUGUCUGCCGUGGUCAAUAGGCAUGAUUUGUUUCAUGGCGGGUAUCAGUUUUAAUCGCCUGGUUACGGGCAUAUUCAACACAUUAUGUUACCACAUUUGAUUUUCAUAAUCUUAAUCUGUAAUAAGCCGAGCGUGUGGAAGAUAUGCUCAAAUUCAAAUUCCCGCGUAUGAGUCCGAAUCGACGGUCUAAAACAAUCUUCUGUGAACUGUGAAACACAAUUCCGAUUGAAAUGGAAUAAGUCUUAUUCUAUAUUAUUUUAUCGCAUAUAGCUUUCGAUUAGAUUAUUAUACGCUACUUUCGUAAAAUUAGGCGAGGAUACAAAUGUCUUUGCUGUCACCUGUCUAUCUUGGUUAGCAAACAUAGGUGCUUUGAAGUUGUUUCACUCAAACAUAGAUGUCACUCUUGUUAUGUAAACAAAUCCAACCAAACGAAGUCGGCCAGUGCCCUGCAAUGUGUUUGCAAUGUUUAUUCACUUGUUAUUACAGGAAGUCAAGUACAGAUAAGUUUAACGAAUUCAAACUAUACAAAAGUAAGCAAUUUGUGGUUUCUUUGUGAUUUUGUUAAAAUCUUUUUGUUGACACAAAGAAUAUGUUGCAUUAUAAAUCCUUCACACAAAAUGACAAAAGCCCAAUUAUUAGAAUUAUGUGUUUUUUGUUCAACAGCUUUUACGUUUCAAUUUCAAUCGACACGCCUUCUCCUACGUAGCAUGAUGUAAUACGUAAUUGUUAUUAACAUCUCUUUGCUCCUAGCUUGACCAUAACAUUCUGCAAGUAAUAAUAAGGUAACAAGCUAAACAUGCAGUAUUGCUGGAGGGUCGUUCUACUGUAUUAAAAGUCACAAGAAUUAGAACAGCCGAUAAUUUAACAAAUUCUUAGGCAAUGUUGUGAUUAUGGAAGCCUGUGGGUCGGCUUACAAACUAACAUAUCCUGUGACGCUCUGCUGGGAUAUCCAAAUCAAACGUCUUAUCAACAGAAAAUCAACAAAAUACGUCUAGGCUUAUACCGGGUAUGCUUUCGAGACUUGUCAGAAGGAAACCAAAGUUUGGCGCCACAAUCAAAUGAUUAUAUUCUGAAUUACUCCUUGGCGCGCACAAACCGCUCAAUUGCGGUAUAGGACAACACAUUCCAAUAGCUAUGUACGCCUUAAUAAAUUUUUUGAUUUCCAGUCUCAUAUAGUAGUGCUCAUAGCUGUUUACCAGAACAAGGUGGAAAUUCUAAGAUGGAGUUUCUCAUUGGAUGUUUGACUCUCUUUGCUACGUUAUUUUUGAUCGCAACUUUGACCGUUUAUUUUAUUCUAGAAAAAAUACGAAAUAUCCACGGUGUUAACGUUAUGUGUUUUUUGGCCUCCCUGACCGUCAUGAACAUCUGCUGCUCUAUUCGCUUGGGAGAUAAAGAGCGGGAGGGGUGAAUCGUCACACUCGUUAAAGUCCUUGAUAUGCCGACCGGUCUUUGCCCUACGAUUGCAAUUUCACUGCAUUUUUCCUUUCUCGCCACUUACUCUUGGCUCAACGUCGUGUGCUUUGGAGUUUGGCGGAUUUUUAGUUCCAUUAGACCACCGAAACACACAUCCGACUUGGGUAAACCGUUUUUCUGUUCUUCCGUUUACGGAUGGGGUAUUCCGUUGGUCAUCGUGGUCGUCGGACAAAUCCUCACCACACUGCGAUGUGCCAGAUUACAUCAUUCAACCGGGAUUUGCAUCCUACUGUUGGUUUGAUCCACAGGAAAGAGAGCCAUUAAUUGCGUAUUUGUACGGACCUUUAAUUGCCAUGAUUGGAGCAAACUAUAUCAUGAUUAUCUGGGGUGGUAUUAAGUUUUGCCAAAGAAGUGUCGAAUCGUCGCAGGUGACCAAUGUUUCCCGUAAAAAACAAAGGUUUAAAGUGAUCCUGAGUCUCUUUUUGCUAAUGUGUAUGCCCUGGUCAGUAGGCGUAAUUGUUUUCAUGGCGGUUAACAGUUUGAACUACAAGAUUAUGAGAAUAUUCAAUAUACUGUGGCCAAUUUUCAUUUUUAUCAUCUUCGUCUGUAAGCCGAGCGUGUGGAAGCUGCUCAAACUCAAAUUCCCGUGGAUUAGUCCCUUCCCUUCCUCUCGACUUGUGAAAAACUCGGGUCAAAGAUAAUCUGUUUGAAAAGCGAACAUCAACCACUCGUUACUGAUGAAGAAAAACCAUCUAACUCGAAGAUCACGGCCGGCAUUAGCGGUAAGUUUACCCAAUUUGGCUAUCAACGCCAUACCGAAUGGACGGUCUGAAACAAACAUGCUUCUAACUACCUGUACCUGCCUGUACCUGUACAAACAAUUUCGGGAAAACGAUUAAUAUAAUAUUAUAAUAGAUUA